AUGGCUAAGGAGCACAAGAAACUCGAGCUCCCUCCAUUCGAUAUCAGGAAAGCAUUUGACGUCACCAAAACAGGUCCCCAUUCAUAUCUAGGGGUCGCCCCAUUGACCAAGCCGAGUCAGGCAACAAAAGGAGCCUACGGUGGAAACACAGUAGCACAAGCGAUUCUCGUGGCGCUCCGAGCAAGUCCAGCUGGUUUCACUCCCAACUCGAUACACAGUUUUUUCAUCAAGGCCGUCAACGACAAAGAACCAGUUCUGUGGCAAGUUGAAGAAAUCUCCAACGGCAAGACGUUUGUCAAUCGAUUCAUCCGGGGCUAUCAAGGCGACACCAUCGUGUUUACGGCGAGUGUAUCGCUAACCAAGAACAACUCCACCUUGCAAAAUGCAGCUAGGAACAACAAAAACGGGUUGAACUUCAGCAUACCGCCCAACAAUACCAUGCAAGCGGGCGAAUUUGCAAACUUGCCCGUGAUCUGGCGCAUGGCGCCAUUGAACAUCUACCAGAAAAUCUACUCGCAUCAAAGCGACCCAGAAACCGUCACGUUUGUAUUGCGAUUAGGCAUCAAAGACGACCCCGACUACCAUGAGCCGCUCACAAACGUCGACAACGAGUUCAAGUAUGUGGGGGUAACUGCGCUCACAGAUUGGAUGGCGCUCGAUUUCUUGCUUCCGCAUUUAGACGUCGACGUGAGACCGAAAGUCCAGGCGUCGAUCGAUCACAGUGUGUAUUAUCACGAGGAUGACUUUGACGUCGAUGAUUGGUUUAUUUAUGUCUUGAGCAUGCGAUGGGCGGGGAACGACCGGGCUUUGUUAAAGGGCGAUGUCUAUACGCUGGAUAAGAGACACGUCAUGACCGUAGUGCAGGAGCGGUUGCACAUUACGAGUCCGAAGUUGUAA